AUGGAGGCUCGGCUUCCUGGCGAGAAGCUCGAGUAUCUUCGUGAGCUCUUGGACUCAUGGACGCGUCGCACUCAUGCGCAGCUUCACGACGUCCAGGAACUGACUGGCUUUCUGCAAUUUGCCUCUCAGGUGAUCCCGACGGCGAGAGCCUUUCUAUGUGGUCUCUAUGACCUCCAGAACAAGUUCUCAUCCCCUUUCGCACGGCGCCGCAUCUCCCAAUCGGCUCGUCGCGACAUCGCAUGGUGGUCCGCCUUCUCUGCUGACUGGAAUGGCAUUCGUUUCAUUGCGCCGCAAAGACGCAUUCUCCACGUCUGGACCGACGCCAGCGGCACCAAGGGUCUGGGGGGGCAUUUCGGUUCCCGCUGGUUCUCGGUCCACUUCCCAAAGCGUUCCCUCACUGAGCACAUCCAGGUGAAGGAGAUGCUGGCCGUCGUUCAUGCAGUCCUCUGCUGGGGCAAGGACUUCCGCGGCGCUCACGUCAUCUUUCAUAUCGACAACGAAGCGGUCCACACCACACUCAACAACUUCUCCAUCCGGAGCACCCCCAUGAUGGAUCUCUUCCGGCGUUUCCUGGCACUCGCAUGCCGGCUUGAUUUCUCCUUUUCUUCUGUUUGGCUCUCUUCUAAAGAAAACUCGAUUGCUGACGCCGCUUCCCGGUUCUCCUUCUCCCACAUGUUCAAAAUUGCGCCCUUCCUCAACCGACAGCCCGACUCACGCCGCCUCCGGAUUGGUGGACAGAAGCAGUUUAUCAAUCAUUGCAAGCUCUACUCCAUCUACAAUGUUGACGGCGGCAUCUUCCCAGCCUCACUCCCUGCCCUCAUGUCCUGGGUCUCCAUCAGCCUCGCGGGUCGUGUCCAACCCAAGACUAUCAAACAAUACCUCUCGCACGUUCGGUCUUUCCACGUCGACGCUGACAUGCCAUUUACAGUCUGCGAGUCUCCCAUCCUCCAGCGGCUCAUACGCGGCGUCAAGCGCUUCCACGGCGAAUGCGAUUGGAAGCCCGUCCAGCCGAUCACCCUCCCUAUCCUCACCGCCAUGCUAUCCGAACUCCGUCCUGGGGACACGCCUGGCCACACCACCCUUUACGCUGCCUUCUCCCUCGCAUACGCAGGAUUCCUUCGCUCCGGAGAAAUCACAGCAGGGUCGGGAUCCAGCUCGGCUAGUCUCAACCUGCGCCGCAGCAACGUUGAGUUCCUCCCCAGUUUUGACGAGUGUACUCAUGUCAAUCUCACGCUCCCGGCCUCCAAAACCGACCCCUUCCGCAAGGGCGUCACAAUCUCCAUCGCCGCAGCUCCAGGACUCAUCACGUGCCCUGUCGCAGCGCUCAAACGGCUCUUCACAGAGCUCCCCCGGCCACUCACGGCUCCACUCUUUGAAGGUCUCGACGGAAAGCCUCUCCAGUACAAGGCCUUCGUCGCUGGCCUCCGCGAUGCACUCGCCAGCGCCGGAAUCGACCCUACAGGUUUUGCAGGCCACAGCUUUCGGCGAGGUGCAGCCUCUGAGGCAGCCGCCGCCGGGUUCAGCGACUACGAAAUCCAGCUUCUAGGGCACUGGCGAAGCGACUCCUACAAGCUGUACAUCGAGAACUCGCUCUCGCGAAUCCUCUCCCUCUCCAAAAACCUCCACAUGGCCCAUCCUCAUUCCGUCCCUUACAUCCCUCCGGUCUUUCGUGACUACGCACCAUUGGCUUGA